CCUGAGCGCUGGCGAUGCAAUAGGAUCGGCAGCUGGAAUCCCGGGUCAACCACUACCAUCGCGACGACCAAGAAUGCCUCGCGAAAACAGCUUCAGCGACUCUGAGGGUCGUUCAUUAACCCCCGACCUUAGUGACGCCGAAGACCACGAUGCUCCUGCUCCCAGGUCUCCCAGAUCCCCCACUGGCAGACAUCAGAUUCCCUCACCAGUCCCAGUGAGGAUGACUACAUUUGAAAAUGUCCGCCGUCCAUCUCUCUCCGCUGGUCCUAGUUCACCUGGAGUCCCACGUCCUUUACAACACCCUAGGGAACGUUUUCGUGCAGCUGUACGAAAAGUCAUGGCCAUGCAUCGUAGUACUUCAAUAAUGGUAGCCAACGGUGUCGGCGCAGAACCAGGAGUUGAUCCUCGAAGGGCCUCUGCCAAUCUACAGUUUGGAAAAAUCAAACAAGAUUGUGUGAUAGAGAUUCUGGAUUACUCCAGUCUGCGGCAUUCAUAUGGACGCAUGACCAACAAGGAGUUUGUCAACUUUUUGACUGAUCCUAAAGCCAGCCAGAGAGAACCUUGGGUCAAAGUUCGUUGGAUUAAUAUCGGAGGUUUGAGUUGGGAUGUUAUGAAGGCUGUUUCACUGAAAUACGACAUACACCCACUUGCACUCGAGGACGUUUUUCACCAUCGGCCCGGCGCUCGUUCCAAAGCAGACUAUUACACCAAACACCUCUUCAUUCACAUUCUCUGUCAUGAGCUCGGACACGACGGCGACGUGCUGGCCGAAAUUCAACGACAUGGGACAUCAGCCGCCUUAGGGUCGACCCUUGCCGAAAGCAUCGACAUUCCUCGUUCAUCUUCGCCAGAACCUCUGACGGAUGCAGACAAGAUGGGAUUAGAUGUCCUGGAAGAGGAAGAAAUAACCCUUUAUGGAACGGCUCCUAACUCUCGUAAGUCAACGUUGAGGAUGCGGAAUCGAGCUAAGCUCGCCGGAGCUGGAGGUGAUUUAGAGCAUGGACGACAGGGUGGACUUCUUAGCUUUAUGAACAAAGCAAAAACACGUCGUGAAACCAAGCGGAGGCAGGCCCGGGAAGAUGAAAUAAAAGUUGGUGAACUCAAGAAAGGCGAGAAAGUCGUUGUAAGAGAGAUACCCUUCUUUAUCUUCCUAUACCGCAAUGGCACCGUGAUAACUCUCCAUCGUGACCCUGAUCUCUCCAUAACCAACCCUAUUGUCCAACGUCUCCAUCAGCGCGACACCGGUCUUAGAACCUCUGCCGAUCCAUCGUUAUUGGUGCAAAGUCUGCUGGAUCUGAUCGUUGACAAAGCUGUUGAGGUUACCGAGGAAUACGCAUUCAAGAUUAAGAAAUUCGAGGGUCAGAUUUUGCUUAGACCUGACGUCGCCACCGUCCGGAAUUUGCAUAUAUUCUCUGAGGACCUUAUUCUCCUCAAACGUACCUUAGAGCCCAUUAAGACACUUGUGUAUGGGUUGAGGAGAUAUGAUGUCGACCGAUGUGCAGCCCUCGUUGAUCCUUCGAAAGAUACUGGGGAGCCAAUCAAAGGUUAUAUGAGCCAGAAGAGCAAAAUUUAUCUCGCUGAUGUUUUUGACCACAUGGAAUACGUUCUCAGUAGCUUGGACAUGUUCGCCGCUAUCAGCGAGAACUUGAUCAACUAUACGUUCAACAUGACAUCGUACGAGAUGAACGAGGUCAUGCGUCGGCUCACACUGGCAACAAUCAUUUGCCUACCCCUGACCCUACUGACCGGAUACUUUGGUAUGAACUUCAGUCCUAUGUGGUCUGUCAACGAAAAUUCGGACCUUCUUUUCUGGAAAAUCGCCAUUCCGAUCAUGGCGGUUAUCAUCCCACUGUUCCUGAUGCCGGACAUCAAGAGAGUGAUUAGGUAUAUAGGGAAGCGAAUGUCGACUAAGAAAGCUGUCAAGACUUAUAACGAAUUCUGAAAACUGACGUUAUGUAGUUAUCUGCACGGACCGACACAUAUAUCUUCGGUACAUCAUUUAGGUGUUCGUGUUUUCGCAUUGCUCUGUUAACCUGUUGGCUUUUUACCUUUGCUGCUCACCUCAAGAGCUCCGUCUACUGGCUUUUCUAGGGAUUUGGAUUUGGAAGGAUCUGUGAUGAUUUUGAUUUUCAUGCCAUAUACACCUCAUAGUACAUUUGCAAUGACUACAAUAAUAAUUCGGGACUGUGUUUCUCGGUCGGCU